AUUCAAAACAUCAAAAAUACUAAAUUUUGCCGCACCACAAUUAAAUUUACGAGAUUUAAUCAUUUCCUUAUAUACUAAACUCUUUUGCAAAGAUUUAGUCAUUUCUUAAUAUAUUAAAUUUUGGACAGCAGCUCGAUUAAAUCGACGGGAUUUAAUCAUUUCUCUCUAUAUAUCUAUGUAAUUCUGCAUUUGUUUUGCUGUGUUUUUAGGGUUUUGUUUCCAAUGGCUUCUUCUUCUACUUGUUCUUCUGGUUCAACAACUUUAUGCUUUCAGUGUGAAGAUUCAUCAAACUCAGUUAACUUCAGAAAUGGUUGGCGUCUUCGUAGUGGCAAAUUUGCUCAACUUUGUCAUCGUUGUGCUUCCGUAUACGAGUACGGGAGGUUCUGUGAGACUUUCCAUGCAAGUGAUGAUGGCUGGAGAGAUUGUGAAUCUUGUGGGAAGGUUAGUGGAAAAGUUGGUCCAUUGUGGAUGUAUCGUGUCUUUCAACACAUAUCUGCUGUUGGAUUUUGGUGGAAUUAUGUGCACGGAGUGCUCGAAGAAGAACUUCAUUCUUGCACGGAAUCGUUGCUUGUCCGAUGAAACUCCACCAGUACCAACUGGAGAAUCUCGGUUGAAUGCCACACAAACCGUGCUAGAACCUCGGUACAGGCCUCGUGUCACUGAGUUGAAGUUGCAGAACAUCUCCAUAAAGCCUUUAUUUCAAAAAUUGUUGUCCGCCAGUGAUGCUGAUCUCGCACUAUCGCGUCUUGUGAUUCCCAAAAAGUGUGCUGAGGCUUACUUUCCUCCCCUUUCUGGACCGCACAAGAUCCCGAUUAAUAUACUUGACACUGAAGGCAAGGAAUGGAAUUUUCACUACCGGUUUUGGCCUAAUUCUAGGAGUAAAAUGUAUGUGCUCGAAGGACUUAGAGAUUACAUGGUCUCGAAGAAGUGGCGAGCAGGCGAUGUAGUUACUUUUUAUCGAAUUGAGCCGGGACAGAAACUGGUCAUGGGAUUAAGGAAUACUUCUGCUGGUUCUACCAACUCGUAGAUCGCAGUGCGAUGUCCUGGAACAUGACUCGGUACAUUCCAACCGAAGGCAGAUCUGCAUGCGACUUUGAGGUUCACAGGAACUAUGCCCGGGUCCUGCAUACGUAUUUUGAAAUCCACAGAAUAUCGUUAAAUAUUUGACGGUCAAUCCAGUUACUAGUGUUUAUUAACUUGCGAUUGUUGUAAGGAAUAGCAAAGGAUUCAUAUAGUCGAUCUCAACUUAUGUAACUUGAGGUCGUUGUAGGAACUCAAUUGUGAUAUGUGCAAAUUCUGGUAUCAACCAUCUUAGCGGCUCAAUGUCUAGUCAAAGACAUCCUUUUUUGUA